CGCUCGGCCGACUCGCCGUUGUCCCCCGGCUGGUCCGGGGGGUGCGGGCACCGCCUCGACGGCGGCCCCGCCAGACGCGCGGGCCGGCGAGGCGGACGGCGUCAUGAGGCAACUGCCGUACUUCUGCCGCGGCCAAGUGGUGAGGGGCUUCGGGCGCGGCUCCAAGCAGCUGGGCAUCCCCACAGCUAACUUUCCUGAACAAGUAGUAGAUAAUCUCCCAGCUGAUGUAUCCACUGGCAUGUAUUAUGGUUGGCCCAGUGUUGGAAGUGGAGAUGUCCAUAAGAUGGUGGUGAGCAUGGGAUGGAACCCAUACUACAGGAAUACAAAAAAAGUCCAUGAGUCCAGAGCAUCUUCUACUUCCUGCACCAUUUUGCUUCAACACGUCCUGUACCCGUUUGUCACAUCAUUCCUUGGUCAGGAACCUGCGUUGACUCUUCUGACCCCAUAUCAGUCUUCAGCUCUGCCUAACCCUCAAAGAUGCUGUAACGUGGAGACUCAUAUCAUACAUACCUUCAAAGAGGACUUCUAUGGGGAAAUCCUCAAUGUGGCCAUCGUUGGCUACCUCAGACCAGAAAAGAACUUUGAUUCUUUAGAGGCACUUAUCUCAGCAAUUCAAGGUGAUAUUGAGGAAGCUAAGAAACGACUGGAUUUACCAGAACAUUUGAAAGUCAAAGACAACAAUUUCUUCCAGGGUCCUAAAAGCAAAAUAAUGAAUGGCCACUGAUGAAAAAUUAUCUUAUUUAUUCAUUCACUGUUUUCUAGUAUUUUACUGCUCAUAACUGUGCGAUCUCAUGUUAGUUCUAUUUUAAAAAUCAGACAUUUUCCUAGACCUGUGGAUUAGUUUAAACAGUACAGUGUAGUUACCAUAUUAUGCUUCAACUGUUCAAUUAAACCCAUCAUGCUACAGUGCUAAAAAGAUUCAUUUUAAAAAUCAAGAUUCUUUUUAAUGUAAUAUAUUGAUUAAAAUAUAUCACUAGAAAGGUCUUAAGUGUCUUAUAAUGGAAAUGAAAUGUAUAUAAUUGUGGGUAAAAAGGCAAGUCACUAGUUUGAGACAAGAAGGUCAGC